UAUUCGUCAAGCUCAUGCGUCGAUAUAAGUACUUGGAGAAGAUGUUCGAAGAGGAAAUGAAAAAGGUGUUGGUAUUCAUUAAAGGUUUUACUCCGAGUGAACGCACCAAACUUGCGCGUAUGACAGCGCUCUGGUUAGUUAAUGGUUCUGUGCCCCCGAAUGUUCUGUUGGUAUUGAACAACGAGCAUUUAAUUAAGGAUGGCAUUGCUAUCGACUUCCUUAUCGAGGUAUUUGUCGCUUUCAAACAAGAGAAGGGCAUUUCAUAUCUGGUACAAGCUCUCAAAAAGGGUGGACUUGAAAGCAAGUAAGUGAAAUGGUAUUAUUCAUAUUGAUU